UCGGCUUAAUUUAAUCAAGCGGACUCUCGUUUGGUUUUGCAUCGCCGUGUUUAUCCCGGGCUACAAAUAUGCAGCUAAAAUUGGCACAGUAUGCACUCACGGUGCAAAGGGAAUGUUUUGACCCACGAGAAUGCGGUGUGACAGCGUCCUAGGGACAUUUACCAUUUAGUAGCCAUGUUCAUGUAGAAGAGAAAUGCAGUUGGCAGUUCAUAACUCAGUGGAUACACAGCAGUUGAAAGUGGAGAAGUCGGACGUCCAAAACCGUAUUGUACAAAGACAACACAGUGACAUCGUGAAUGUGCAUGUGCUCCGUCUGAAGUCUGAGCAUUGGGCGAGCUAGCUAGAUCAAGUAGAGCAUUAAUUAGUGUAAAUGAAUUUAAAGCAGCUUCAGUACCGUUUUGAUUCAAAAUAUGGACAGCUUCAAACUCCGGACAUUCAGUUUGUUUUUAUUAAUAUUCUUCAUAUCCAUUCGUCCUUGCCAUGCCGUUUUUCCCAUUUUGUUUAACAGUCACAUGUUUAAAACAUGAAUGUUUUACAAUCACACACAAACGCUCCAUACUGACCGAUAUCUUUUGAAGACCUAGCGAAUAUUGAGCGGCUGCGGCUGUAGAAGCUCGCGGCAGCGUAUUUCAACAGUGAUCUUUAGGGUUGCUUGCGACCACAGGCCACACUUUAAAAAUAACGGAACAUUCCUUUCGUUUUGGGUUUGGGGUCCAGCUCAUACAACGCCUGCUCGAGCCAGUAGCGGAACGACGCCACAUUGCCGAACACACUGGGAACACUGUACAUACCGCACCCGACGCCGGAAGAAACAAUGCCCACCUGAUAGUACUGGUUUGGCGAGCCGGGCAUAGGACACACGAGUGGCGUGCCAGCAUCGGUACGGCAACGAUUUGGUCCAAGAGCGCCAUUAGCACACAGAUAGCUUGACGGCCCUGGGCUCGAAUGUCUGCAGAAAUCAUAGAGCACUACCGGAAUCUGUACCAUGUUCACAUUCAUGUGCAGGCUGCCAUCCCUAUAGGACACCUGCUCAUCCAAAGCUACGGUGAAACAUCGGUAAUUAUCAAUCGAUGCCGGUAUCGGAGGAAGGCAGAUCGGUUGCACGUUUCCUGUCCGCUGGAACGGUUCAGUAAGGUUCAGCAGGGCCACAUUAUUAGAAAAUGUGCGGUCAUUGAAUUCUCCAUAUGUCAUUAUCUCAGCCACUCGGCGCUCCUGGUACUGCUGAAGUUCUUUAUUCUGGGAGGUCCAUUCGCCGGCACGGAGCAACAGUUUCUCCUUCGGUUUGUUGAACACGCAGUGACCCGCUGUUAGGACCGCAUGCGGGGUGAUCAACGAGGCUCCACAUGCGUAGUAAAAGCUAUCGGGGACGUGCUCCUCAUGGAAGACGCUCACCAACCAUGGAAAAUUUGUAGCAUCGAAACCAAUGCUAUGGUCAUUACGAGUACCACAGCUUUCUUGUUCACUGUCACUUGGUUUGCUGGCGCCCGGUGAAGAAACGUCAAGCACAGGUUUACUGUCACUUGGUUUGCUAGCGUCUGGUGAAGGAACGUUAAGCACAGGAUUACUGUCACUUGGUUUGCUGGCGCCGGGUGAAGGAACAUCGAGUACAAAUUUACUGUCACUUGGUUCGCUAGCGGCUAGUGAAGGAACAUCGAGCUCAGAUCUUUUCUCACAGCAAACAUGCAUAGGGUUAGAACAUUCCGGUUCGUUGACGCCGACGCGUAUACCAAUCGCUCCGGCACCGUUCGUCACGAUCUUGUUGUCCUUGCAUAGGUAGUACAUCGUACACUCGCCGGUGCAGCUCUGUAAGAAAUUGAAAGAGUAGAGCACAGAUUUGUUGUUAUUAAUGUGCAUGUUAUACAUCAUUCGGAAAGGCAAUGGCUCGUUCAUACUUACAUCACGUGUCGUGCUUGCAGCACCUGUCCUGUGGUCUGCGAAUGUAACUAGCAGGAUGAGGAAUGUACACAAGCAGAACAUCUUGUGUUAUUUUGUUGGAAACUGCAAUCACCCAGUGGACACUUGCUGCAAUCGUUUUGUCGUGCGCGUCGUUGCAGUGCCUGCGGAACACUUUCACAAGCAGAUCGCUCCGAAGUUUCUUUAUACGCUCUGUCUGUGCACGAUUGGUGAUAAUCGAAUGCGGCUUAAUCGUAUCAACAUUUCUUGAUGAGGGUCAAACUUAUGCAUCGGAGGAAUUGCAACUAUGCCCAAUGCGUAAAGAACUAUCACUUUUCAUUGACGCCUUGAUGGAUGCACUAGUGAACUUGAAAGUCUAGCUAAAUCUAAACAAAUUGACCAUGAAAUUAAAUCCAUUGAUAGUAAAACAUUGUUCCAUCGAACUUGAACUCCACACGAAGUACAUGAUCAGUGAUAAAGGAUCAAGGCAGCUGCGUCGACCACUGGACUUGCCGUGGCAGUUGCGCUGUCCAGGAGGACGACAGUGCGUCACGCAUGCUGUCGCACACACUAAGCGUGCGAGGCUUAGUGUGUGCCGAGCGCCUGGUAGAGUGUCGAUCGGGCUGGAGCUCUCGGCAGGGGCGCUCGGUGCGGCUGGUGCGCGGCUACCGCACGUGUCAUUUUGUACCGGUACUGUUUUGCAGCACAAACAAGGCAAAAGAUUCCCGCUGUAACGCGCUCGGCUAGG